AUGGCGACCGCAGCCCAGGUCGCCGCCAACUUCUUCUCGUUCCUCUCCUCCUCCACUCACCACCCCGCCCCCUCCACCUCCGUCUCCGUCGGGACAAACCCUGUCCUACCCGUCUCCCUUCGGGCCGCUGUCACAGGUGGCCCACGGCUCGCCUCCCGCCUCCGGGGCCGCCGCGUCGGCGCCGCCGUCGCCCAGCUCCCCACCACGCAUCCGGAGGUAGCUUCUGGGGAGAAGAAGAUCAGAUGGUCAUCAAGGGCGGUGCGGUCUUUUGCCAUGGCAGAGCUGGAGGCCCGGAAGAUGAGGUACCCUACCACAGGCACCGAGGGGCUCCUCAUGGGCAUUCUUGUUGAAGGAACUAGUGGUGCAGCAAAACUUUUGCGUGCUAAUGGAAUCACACUUCUCAAAGUGCGUGAGGAGGCAGCGAAUGUGCUUGGGAAAUCAGAAAUGUUUUACUUUAGUCCCAUGCAUCCACCAUUGACAGAAGCUGCACAACGAGCCCUUGAUUGGGCUGUCAAUGAAAAACUGAAAUCAGUGUCACCUCCUGAUUACACAAUUUGA